UUAUUUUGAAAGACCGGAACAGCAUCUGUAUCAUCCUGGCUAACUUGGCACGGCCGCCCGAGUGUUGUUUGGUGGUUUGUGGAAUGUUUGGUUAAGGUUAGGUGAACGGAGUGGUCGCAGUGAAAGUCACCGUGUUCGUCGUUUCAUGUAACUCGUCCUGAACGCUGAACGAGAGCGACGUUUUAAACCGAGAGGGCGGAAGAAGAACGGCAAGAAGAGUUUGCGUUUAAAGUCACGUCGGAACAAAAAGGAAGACAACGGGUCAGGCUGCGGACCCGGGACACGGUCUUCAUUCAGCUGCGUCGAACCUGAGCCGUGUUGUUCCUGUAAAAACUCUAUGACGGGUCCAGACUUACUGAAAAGCCACAGCAGAAGUGUCCUCUGAUGUUUCAUGGAUUCCAUGUGAAGGUGUGAGGAUGGGACAGGGUGGUGUUGGAAGUGACCGCAGCCCUGGAGGCUGAUGAACCCGCUCCAUCGGCCAGUCAGGAUGCACAUAGCUUCAGUGGGUGUCAGCAAGUUCUGCUUCCUGUUUUCCCUCGCUUUCUGCGGCCUACUGCUUCUGCUCAUUCCUGCCCUCCAGCCUCCAGCGCACCAGGUGGACCUGCCUCAGCCCCGACCCCAAGUCAGACCUGCACAAGCAGGCCCGUCACACCACACCGGGGGUCCUGUAGUGUCUGUCCAUUCAGGGGAAAGUGAGCUGGCCAGAGGGCUCAACAGGAGCUCAGCAGGGGAUGGGGGAUCGAUCGAAACUGAAGUUGGCAGGAAUGAUAAGCACAGUCCAAAGAGCGGGGCCGACUCCAAAAGAGUGGCUCUUCCUGGAGGAAAGGGUGGUGGACUUUUAGGGUCCAGGUCUCGGGAUCAGUUAGAUUUUAAGGACAUUUUUAUUGCUGUGAAGACCACCAGGAAGUACCACAAGUCCAGACUAGAGCUGCUGAUCCAGACCUGGGUUUCCCAAGCUAAAGAACAGACCUACAUAUUCACUGACGGUGAGGACAAGGAGCUGCGGAUGAGAACAGGAGCUAACAUCAUCAACACUAACUGCUCAGCAGCUCACACCCGACAGGCUUUGUGCUGCAAGAUGUCUGUGGAGUAUGACAAGUUCAUUGAGUCUCAGAAAAAGUGGUUCUGCCAUGUGGAUGAUGAUAACUAUGUGAUCCUGCCCAGCCUGCUGCGACUGCUCUCCUCCUACCACCACAGCCAAGAUGUCUACCUGGGCCGGCCCAGUCUGGAUCAUCCUAUAGAGGCUGCAGAGAGGGUCAAGAGUGACGGAUCGGUGUCUGUCAAGUUCUGGUUUGCCACAGGUGGAGCAGGUUUCUGUAUCAGCAGAGGCCUGGCACUGAAAAUGAGCCCAUGGGCCAGCUUGGGGAAUUUCAUCAGCACGGCAGAGAAGAUCCGACUACCGGACGACUGCACCAUCGGCUACAUCAUCGAAGCGCUGCUGGAGGUGAAACUGACACAUACACACUUGUUCCACUCUCACCUGGAGAACCUACAGAAGCUGCCCACGGACACCGUGCUAGAGCAGGUGACUUUGAGCUACGGAGGUUUUGAGAACAGAAGAAACGUGGUCAGCAUUGUUGGAGGCUUUUCACUGGCUGAGGACCCUGCAAGGUUUAAGACAGUCCACUGCCUUCUGUAUGCAGACACUGACUGGUGUCCAAAGCUCAAACCUCACCACAAAAACUGAAAGCCACUAAGUUUUGACCCUGCACCGCUGGUGCCUGCUACACCUUCAUCCUACCAUCACCUGCAAAGUUUGGAUCCAGCUGUAUCCGAAUCCGCUUCACCUCCUGCUUCAUGAAUGCACAGUGCAUGUUUUACUACAACACACUGAUCUGACUCAUCAAUCAAUAACAGGUGGAGCAAAAUAAUGAGGUCUUCUGGCUAAAUGAGCACAGAAGUGAAGCUGCUCCUGAAAAUGAGCUUUUGAGAUUUGACAUUAACACUAACCUCAGUCUCUUUGGAUGUUGGGGCCAGCAGUUCAUUCCUGAGGAAGUGACCUAUUAUCUAAAAGGAAAUUGAUUGAAGCUGCUGAAUGUAAUCCACAGGUCAAAGCUCAGCCUCUAAGUCUAAGUCUACAGUGCAGCCUUGUUCACAGCAUUAUUUUAAUGUGCACAUGGAUUUAUGAGUGUGAUAUUAAGACAGCUUUGGAUGGCAGAAGACUCCCUGCCUUCAUCAUUGGUUCAUUAAAGUAUAGAUUAGCCUGAUUCUACAGAAGUAAUAAUCCUAAAAUCUGAAGCUGCCCUGUGCUUAUGAAUGUGAGCAUGACACAUUGAGUUCCUGCUUUGACGUUUUUUUUAUCAGCUAACUUUUGCUCUGAACUCUAGUGCCUCUUUGACUCAACCAAUGACAGCAUCUGUCUACAAGACACGAGAAAUAGUUCUGGAGUUCUUGCUGUGCUGCUUCCACUGAGUGGAGAACCACUUCAGGCAAAGUCUACAGUAUUUGAAGGAGCCCAUAGUAUUAUUAUUAUUGUCUUGAGGUCCCUGCUCUGUAACCCACAAACAACCAACUCUAAUUGUUUCAUUCUCUAACUGUCGACGUGUUAGCCCAAAGUCAACAUAACACAAGACCCUUUCUUCAGAAUGAAACACGUUAGAUGUAUUUUUGGUGCCAAGCAUAAACUGAAUGGGUGUUUCAUGUGACCACAUAUGAGAUUAUGUUAGUGUGAUUGAGUGCUGACCAUGACACACUCACGUCAGUCUGUUCUGAUGCUGAACACCUUCUGCUUGUAUUAGCACAUUUCUAACUGGCCUGCACUGCUUUGAUCUUGUUACUUCCUGUCUGUCUGUUACUGACUGUCUGUUACUGACUGUACUUCCUUUUCACCGUGUUAGUAUAUGAGUGAACUUCAUUCUGUAUUCUGGCUGUAGUUUUAGCUCUGCGUACACUUCUUUAAAGCAGAGCUGCUAUGGAGGCAAACAGAAUUAGUUUGUUGUACGGAACACUAUCUGGCAUAACCUAUGACCUUCAAGGGAGGCAUAUGUGUUAGCCACUCAGUCACCAUGGCUGCUGACAUCCAGUGUGGUGGCUCUGGUCAUGGCGGUGUUGCUCAGUGAGUCCACUGUUUUGGUCCAGACUGAAAAUAUCUAAUCAGCUAUUGGAUGGAUUGCCAUGACAUUUAUUUCAGACAUUCAUAUUCAUGUCAGGAUGACUUGUAAUAACUGUGGAGGUCCUCUUAUGUAACAUUUUAAUUUGUCCAAUACUAAAAAAACAACUGAGGAAUUUCCUGUCAGCCUCAGCUGACUUGAAGUCCUUCCAGACAGUAUUUUCUUAAAUUAUUAAGACCACUGUUCGUUCUUUGGACUGCAUGUUUCCUGUUUGCUUACUUGUACUUGUACUCUUUAGUUUCACACACUCAGCUUCCAUCAGCCAGUGUCAGUAUUUGUGUAAAACAGCCGUCGACAUUUUUGCACACAAGACUAGAAUCCAAACUGCAGAGCAUGUGUCCCACUGCAGGUCAGUGGGUGAGACCGAGGGAGAGAUUUGUUUUUGUAAACGCUUUACCACUGAUGCAUUAUUGUGUCGUUUCAAUAAGAAUAAAACCUUUCUGCAUUCUCA